AUGUACCAGUACAAAUACCUUGAACCGGAUUUUCUUGGUGGUGGUGCGGAGGAAAACUCUAAUUCUGGAGACAUCUUGUUCUAUCAGAAGGGGGUGAAUACUGUCGUGUUUUCUAUUAUCCAGGGUAAAGACUGGCUAAAUAAUCAGUGCGGUGAUAUGGUCCCGGAGGGACUAAGGAUCAUGGUUGUUGGAAGGAAGAAUCUUUCCAUUCAUCACUACCGGGGAUCCCCCGCAAAACACGAAGCUGCGUUUUUUGAUGCUCAUUAAUAGGGGCAAGGAGAUGGGCAAGGCCUUGGAGGAGUAUAUUGAGCAUGACUUGAAGCCCUCGGGAGCGAGAUGUUUUGUAGAUAGGCUGCGGAAGGAUGUCAAACCUAGUUUGAAUGCUCUCAGGAAUGCGGGAACCAAGAUUUGGAUGCUGACUGGUGAUAAAGUUGGGAAAGAGAGAUGUGUUGCUGUUAGCGCAAAGUUGGUGUCGGGAGAAAAAUAUGUUCACACCAUUGCCAAGUGUAUGCCCACUCCUCUAUUCUUUUACAUCCGGAUUAUACUAAAGUAACUCCGGUGCGGUUAUGUAGUAAAACGAAAAAACUAUCCGUGCGAUUCCCUAGAAUUCCUCCGCAACAAGACCAACCCCCGUCUCCUCAUCGACGACGAACCCAUCGCACUCUUCCUAGACACGUAUAAUUCCGAGUUCAUAUCCCUUGCCGUGCAACCCCUGUCAUGGAAGAGAGAGGAUGAACCCUUAGCCCAACAAUAA